CCCUCCUGUGUCUGGCAGCUAUGCAUCGGGCCUUCCAGAUGGACCUGUACCGUCUACGUCUCAGCGCGGCUCGGGAAUACGCCAGGGCUCUCGAAGCAAGCAUGGGGCCUGUCUCUGCUGACCCGCAGGAGCCCCUGAAGAUGAAUGCUGUGGUCCAGGGGAUCGGGCCGGUGUUUAAGCUGACCCUGAACGUACAGAACACGUCGGCCACCAGACCAGCGAUCAACCUGCACAUCAGCUUCCUGUUCGAUGAGAACCUCUACUCCAUCAAGAGAGCUUUCUUUAAGGUACCUAGAACCCGCUCGCACAGCAGGAUCCCAGGCUGGGUGGGGCUGGAGGCUGCGAAGUGGGCUGAUUUGAUGACUCAUAGGAUCCCUGCAGCAUGGAGGCAGGCCAUUCGGUCCAUCUAGUCCAUUCCCCCCCCCCA